GGAGGCUCAGACAUUCAGACAGAGUAGUCCAAGAGAGGGGAGUUGGUGCCUGAAGAGAGCUACAGGGGUUCUGGAGAACUUCCCUAACGUUACCCUGCAUAAGGCAUUUCUCCAUUGGACAUGCUGGCUGCCUGUUGCUGCUCUUUGGGAUCUUGUGAGGAGAUUUGUGGCCACAGCUGUUGACAAUGCAAGGAAGGGCUAACAAAGCCCCUAAGAAGGAGCUGGUGAUCGAGUCACCCCAGCAGUACAAGAGCUUGGCUGGAGCCGAGGCGGAGGUGGAGGCGGUGCCACAGGUGGUGGUGAAGCCCAAGGUGAUUGAGCCGCUGGACUAUGAGAGUGUGCUGGUCCAGAGGAAGACUCAGAUUCUCAGUGAUGUCCUCCGGGACAUGCUGCAGUUCCCCCAGGAGGACUUCCAGAUUGCGACUCAGAGGCGCCAAGGAAGAACUCUCUACCCCACAGUGCCUGAGAACGCCGUGAAGGAGGCGCAGAGUCUGUUUGUCCAGGAGUGCAUCAAGACCUACAAUUCUGAUUGGCAUGUCGUUAAUUACAAGUACGAGGACUACUCCGGGGACUUCCGGCAGCUUCCAAACAAAGUGUCCAGAGCAGACAAACUGGCUGUCCAUGUUUUUGAGGUGGAUGAAGAUGUCGAUAAAGAUGAAGACUCAGCCUCUCUAGGUUCCCAGAAAGGUGGGAUCACAAAGCAUGGCUGGCUGUACAAAGGCAACAUGAACAGUGCCAUCAGUGUCACCAUGAGGUCUUUCAAGAGGAGGUAUUUCCACCUAACCCAGCUGGGUGACGGCUCUUACAACCUGAACUUCUACAAGGAUGAGAAGAUCUCCAAAGAACCCAAAGGAACCAUCUUCCUGGACUCCUGUAUGGGAGUUGUUCAGAAUAACAAGGUGCGGCGCUUUGCCUUUGAGCUGAAGAUGCAGGACAAGAGCACGUACCUGCUGGCUGCCGACAGCGAGGGAGAGAUGGAGGACUGGAUCAGCACUCUCAACAAGAUCCUCCACAGCAGCUUCGAGAUCGCCAUGCAGGAGAAGCGGAACGGGGACAUCCACGAUGAUGAUGAGCUGGGAAAGGCAGAUGGUUCGUUGGGGAGUAUGGACAGCUUUCAGAGUGCAAGAGAUAUUGAAUCGAAAAUGAGGAACGAGACCAGAUUGAAACUGUUCACCUUGGACCCUGACACACAGAAACUUGACUUCUCAGGGAUUGAGCCUGAUAUAAAGCAGUUUGAAGAGAAGUUUGGAAAGCGCAUUUUGGUGAACUGCAAUGACCUGGCCUUCAACCUGCAAAGCUGUGUAGCGGAGAAUGAGGAGGGACCAACAACAAACGUGGAGCCAUUCUACGUGACCUUGUCGCUGUUUGACAUCCAGAACAGCAGGAAGAUCUCGUCGGACUUCUACGUGGACCUGAAUCACCCGUCCGUCAGACAGCUAGUGCCCAACCCCAGCAGCCCGUACAUGAACGGGGGAGGGGAUGCUCUGCCGGGGGCGCAGAGGGGCGUCCACGGCCUGCCUGAGGGGGCCAUGCAGUACCCCAGACAGGGAGUGUUCUCUGUAACGUGUCCACACCCAGAUAUCUUCCUGGUGGCUCGCAUUGAGAAGGUCCUGCAGGGGGGAAUCACCCACUGUGCUGAGCCCUACAUGAAAAGCUCAGACUCCACCAAGGUGGCACAGAAGGUCCUGAAAAAUGCCAAAUUGGCCUGCAGCCGUUUGGGCCAGUACAGGAUGCCUUUUGGAUGGGCCGCCAGGACUCUGUUCAAAGAUGCAUCGGGGACGCUGGAUAAAAGUGCUCGUUUCUCCGCCAUCUACAGACAGGACAGCAACAAGCUGUCCAACGACGACAUGUUCAAACUGCUGGCUGACUUCAGAAAGCCAGAGAAGAUGGCCAAGCUCCCUGUCAUCUUAGGAAACCUCGACGUUACCAUUGACAAUGUUGCCCCUGACUUGACAAGUUGUGUUACCUCAUCCUACAUUCCUGUGAAGACUUUUGAGAGCAGCGAGAAGACGAACAUCUUCUUUGAAGUGGAGGAGUUUGUUCCCUGCAUUGCCAAGUGCUCCCAGCCGUUCACCAUCUACAACAAUCACCUCUACGUCUACCCCAGGCACCUGAAGUACGACAGCCAAAAAUCCUUCACAAAGGCUAGAAACAUAGCUGUCUGCAUCGAGUUCAAGGACUCGGAUGAGGAGGAGGCUGUUUCGCUCAAGUGCAUCUAUGGUCGACCAGGAGGACCCCUGUUUACCAAAAAUGCAUUUGCUGCAGUAUUACAUCACCAGCACAGCCCGGAGUUUUAUGAUGAGUUUAAGAUGGAGCUUCCCACCCAGCUCAAUGAGAAGCACCAUCUGCUGUUCACCUUCUUCCACGUCAGCUGUGACAGCAACAGCAAGGCCAGCACCAAGAAGAGAGACGUGGUGGAGACACAAGUGGGUUACGCCUGGCUGCCUCUGCUGAAGGAUGGCAGGGUGAUCAUGAAUGAGAGUCACGUCCCCGUGGCUGCCAACCUGCCCGCUGGCUACCUCAGUUGUCAGGAGGGUGUCAGCAAGCAUCCUGAAAUGAAAUGGGUGGAUGGAGGGAAGCCUUUGUUCAAGGUGUCCACUCACCUCGUCUCCACGGUGUACACUCAGGAUCAACAUUUGCACAAUUUCUUUGCCCACUGUCAGAGCACAGAGUCUGCAGCCCAGGUGGCAGCAGGAGAGCUGGUCAAGUAUCUGAAGAGUCUUCAUGCUAUGGAAAGUCACGUGAUGGUUAAGUUCCUGCCCACCACUCUCAACCAGCUGUUCCGGGUGUUGACAAGUGCCACCCAUGAGGAGGUGGCCGUCAACGUCACCAGAGUCAUGAUUCACAUUGUUGCCCAGUGCCACGAAGAGGGGUUGGAGCACUACCUACGAUCAUAUGUCAAGUAUGUGUUUAAGACCGAGCCAUACACAGCCACUACCACGAGAACAGUACAUGAGGAGCUGGCCAAAGCCAUGACUGCAAUCCUAAAGCCUUCCACAGACUUCCUCACCAGCAACAAGUUGCUCAAGUACUCCUGGUAUUUCUUUGAAGCCUUAGUAAAGUCCAUGGCCCAGUACUUGAUUGAGAGCAGUAAAGUCAAGCUGUCCAGGAACCAGCGUUUCUCGGCCGGCUUCCACCACACGGUGGAGACCCUGGUCAACAUGAUGAUGCCCCACAUCACCCAGAAGUACAAGGACAACCUGGACGCAGCCCGGAAUGCCAACCACAGCCUGGCUGUCUUCAUCAAGCGCUGUUUCACCCUGAUGGACAGAGGCUUUGUCUUCAAGCAGAUCAACAACUACAUCAACUGUUUUGUGCCCGGAGACCCCAAGACUCUGUUUGAGUUCAAGUUUGAGUUCCUGCGCGUCAUAUGCAACCACGAGCACUACAUUCCCUUGAAUCUGCCCAUGCCCUUUGGAAAAGGGAGGAUACAGAGAUUUCAAGACCUCCAGUUGGACUACUCGCUGACAGACGACUUCUGUAAGAACCACUUCCUGGUUGGGCUGCUGCUGCGGGAGGUGGGCGGGGCCCUGCAGGAGUUUCGAGAGAUCCGUCAGAUAUCCAUCCACGUGCUCAAGAACCUGAUGGUCAAGCACACCUUUGAUGAACGCUACACUUCCAAGAGCCAGCAGGCUAGGUUGGCAACUCUCUACCUGCCCCUAUUCGGUCUGCUUCAGGAGAACGUCAACAGGCUCAAUGUGAAGGAAGUCUCCCCAUUCAUCAUCAACCAGUCCAACAAUGUAAGGCUGACAUCUAGUGGCUGGCUACCACCACAACUCAAAGGCCCUACCUGUAAAUGUUACUUUACUAAUGGUCCAUUUUCCUUUCAGAAUGGAAGAGAUGACCCACUCCUGGGCAACUCCAUGAUGAUGACGCCUCCACGCUCCAGUACUUUGUUAGACAACAGUUUGCACAAGGAUGUAUUUGGGGUUAUCUCUGGCACCGCCUCCCCCCACGCGUCCUCCACCCCCAACAUUAACUCUGUCCGCCACGCUGACUCCCGGGGCUCCCUCAUCAGCACUGACUCUGGCAACAGUCUUCAUGAGAAGAGCAACUCUCUGGACAAGAACCAGCCAGCCUCAGCCCUGGGCAGCAGCCUACUGCGCUGUGACAAACUGGACCAGGCUGAGAUCAAGAGCCUGCUCAUGUGCUUCCUGCAUGUCCUCAAGAGCAUGUCUGAGGAUGCUCUGUUUACAUACUGGAACAAGGCCUCGUCUGCUGAGCUCAUGGACUUCUUCACGCUAGUAGAGGUGUGUCUCCAUCAAUUCCGAUACAUAGGAAAAAGAUCCAUCGCAAGGAACCAGGAAGGGGUGGGACUCGUAGCAGCACAUGAGCGGAAGUCUCAGACUCUGCCUGUGUCCCGUAACAGGGCGGGAAUGAUGCAUGCCCGCUUACAGCAACUCAGCAGCCUGGAUAACUCAUACACUUUUAACCACACCUAUAGCCACUCUGAUGCUGACGUGGUGAACCAAUCGGUCCUGGAAGCUAACAUCGCCACGGAGGUCUGCCUCACCGUGCUGGACACUCUCAGCAUCUUCAUCAUGGGAUUCAAGACCCAACUCUGUUCGGACCAUGGCCACAACCCGCUCAUGAAGAAGGUGUUCCAGGUGCACCUCUGCUUCCUGCAGAUCAACCAAUCAGAGACGGCCCUCAAGCAGGUCUUCACCUCGCUGCGCACCUUCAUCUACAAAUUCCCCUGCACCUUCUUCGAGGGUCGUGCAGACAUGUGUGCUUCGUUCUGCUACGAGAUCCUAAAGUGCUGCAACUCGAAGCUGAGCUCCAUCCGCAGCGACGCCGCCCACCUCCUCUACUUCCUCAUGAAGAGUAACUUUGACUACACCGGGCGCAAGUCCUUCGUCCGCACUCACCUACAAGUGGUGAUCGCCGUCAGUCAGCUGAUCGCUGACGUCAUCGGUAUCGGAGGAACCCGCUUCCAACAGUCCCUGUCUAUCAUCAACAACUGUGCCAACAGUGACAAGACCAUCAAGAACACCGCUUUCCCGUCAGAUGUGAAGGACCUGACCAAGCGGAUCCGGACGGUCCUGAUGGCCACAGCUCAGAUGAAGGAGCAUGAGAGAGACCCGGAGAUGCUGGUGGACCUGCAGUAUAGCCUUGCCAAGUCCUACGCCAGCACGCCCGAACUCCGCAAGACUUGGCUGGACAGCAUGGCCCGCAUCCAUGUGAAGAAUGGAGACCUGUCCGAGGCAGCCAUGUGUUAUGUGCACGUGGCGGCACUGGUGGCCGAGUAUCUCCGGAGAAAAGGCAUGUUCAAGCAGGGUUGCUCAGCCUUCCGGGUGGUCACUCCCAACAUUGAUGAAGAGGUGUCCAUGAUGGAGGAUGUGGGCAUGCAGGAUGUCCACUUCAACGAGGAUGUACUGAUGGAGCUGUUGGAGGAGUGUGCUGAUGGCCUGUGGAAGGCUGAGCGCUAUGAGCUCAUCUCAGACGUCUACAAGCUCAUCAUCCCCAUCUAUGAGAAGCGUAGGGACUUUGAGAAACUGGCUCACCUGUACGACACGCUCCAUCGUGCCUACAGCAAAGUGACAGAGGUCAUGCACACGGGCAAGAGGCUGCUGGGCACAUAUUUCAGAGUGGCUUUCUUUGGUCAGGGAUUCUUUGAGGAUGAAGAUGGUAAAGAGUACAUCUACAAAGAACCCAAAUUCACCCCACUGUCAGAGAUAUCUCAGAGGCUACUCAAGCUCUACUCUGACAAGUUUGGCCCAGAGAAUGUUAAGAUCAUUCAGGACUCUGGGAGGAUCAACCCUAAAGAUCUCGACUCAAAGUAUGCCUACAUCCAGGUGACCCAUGUCACCCCGUUCCUGGAAGAGAAGGAGCUGGUGGACAGGAAGACCGACUUUGAGAAGAGCCACAACAUCCGGCGCUUUGUCUUCGAGAUGCCCUUCACCGUGUCGGGGAAGAAGCAGGGUGGGGUGGAGGAGCAGUGCAAACGCAGGACCAUCCUGACCACAACACACUGUUUCCCCUAUGUGAAGAAGCGUAUUGCAGUGAUGUACCAGCAUCACACAGACCUGAACCCUAUAGAGGUGGCUAUAGACGAGAUGAGCAAGAAGGUGGCCGAGCUGAGACAGCUGGUUUCCACCAGUGAUGUGGACAUGAUCCGCCUGCAGCUCAAACUACAGGGCAGCAUCAGUGUCCAGGUAAAUGCUGGUCCCCUCGCAUAUGCCAGGGCUUUCCUGGAUGAUGCCAGCACCAAGAAGUAUCCUGACAACAAGGUCAAACAACUUAAAGAGGUCUUUAGGCAGUUUGUGGAGGCGUGUGGCCAUGGCCUGGGUAUCAACGAGCGGCUGAUCAAAGAGGACCAGCAGGAGUACCACGACGAGAUGAAGGCCAACUACAGAGACCUGGCCAGAGAGCUGUCCGCCAUCAUGCACGAGCCAAUCAGUCCAGUGGAGGAUGGCAUGAAGAGCGUUCUUCCAGACUCGCUGCACAUCUUCAAUGCCAUCAGCGGUACCCCCAGCGGUGCCACCAUCGCGGGCAUGCCCAACUCCUCCUCUGUGGUGUGAGAUCCACUGGGAUUGGCUCACUCCUGACCUCAACGCUCCGCAUGCACGCGCCAACCAGUGUGCCAGUGCUGCCAUGAGCCCCCAUUCCUGCUUCACUGCUCUCCUACUAAUGUUCUUUUAACCUUCACUCACCCCUCCUUUGGCUUGUCCCGUGGGCCAGGACAAAGGACCAUGACGUUUUCUGUUUUCACUAUCGUAUACAGUACAGCCACUCUGUGGAGGAUGGGACCAGGGACAUUGAUCCAUGAGGAACGACUGAACUAAAGGAGUUCCACAUGAACAGAGGGGGGUGGGGGGAUAGUAGGGUUGUCUAUCUGUGGAGCAGACAUACAGAAUGAGGGGGGGACUGGUGUAUCCUCCAUCCUGCGUGUGAGUCUGACUGAGGUUCCUGUCUGUGUAGUGCUGGGGUUCUUUGAUAUAUACUGUAUAUGACAUCACUGGUAGUGUUUCCUGUGGAGACGUUCCUGUAGGGAUCCUUAAAGCAACACAAAUGUGCAUGUGAUGUCACUAGCUCCCCAUCAGCCUCCUGUCGUCUCAUUUUCAUCUUUUUGUUUUGAUCAUUUGUCUUCUGCUCUGAACUCUUCAAGUGAUAUUGUAUGUACAUUAUUCCACUUUGGUAAAUCUCAUAUUGAUGUCUUGGCGAACUAUAUUUGCUGCAUACAUUGGCAUUCAUCUCUCUGUACAUGAAGACUCGUUAUGUUUUUACAAAGCUGCAACUUAAUGGAAAAAGAGCCUCCUAUGAAAACAUUAGUGUUCAACCUUAAUCACUGAAAUGUCUUAGAAUGGGAUUUUUUUAUUAUAAUUUUUUUUUACAGCCAUUGCAUAUAAGUAUAUUCCAAGCUGUUAAUUCUUGUAUAUAAAAAAGGAGUGCAAUAUUUGUCUUUUGCAAGGUGUCUUGCUGUGUUGGGUUCAAUACACUGUAAAGAUGUUUGUCCUUCUUGCCAAAGCAAUGAGGUGUGGAUCCAGAGACGAGGCCUACUGUGGUAGUUUAUAUGAAGCUUUGACCAUUUUAGUGUUCAUUCAAAUGUUAAUGAAAUCAUUUUUAUAUUUGGGAAGCAUUGGGUUUUUUAUUUUUAUUUAACAGAAAGUCACUGUUCUGCUGUAUACAGAAAUGUUCCCUAAUGCUUUUCUUUUAAAUAAAAUUCCCUUAUUUCUCUGCA